AUGAGCCGUGUAAUUUUGCGAAACUUCAUUCGAAACUUCUCCUCCGCCUCCGCUACAGUACCCCGAACUGCCACAACUACAGUAACCCAACCCGACAGUACCACGUUGCAAAAGGCUACUGUACAACCUACAGUACUCAAACCCUACGUCUCGAAAUCGCUGCAAAAUGAGCAGGAUUUGUUUGGAUUCGAAAAAGCGGUGCAUAUUGAUGAGAUGUUUAAGGCGAGAUUGCAUUUUGGACAUAAAGUAAGGGAUUUUUUGGGGUUUUGAGGGGAAAAUCGAUAAUUUUGACCUGAAAUUAGCCAAAAAUCAAGUUUUUAAGUGAAAAAUGAGCCCAGGAGCAUGUUUUUAGCUCAAAAAUCGAUAAUUUUGAGCAAAUUCGCUCUAUUGACAAUUUUGGCGCGAAAACUGUGAAAUUCAAAUUUUCUAUAGGAAAAAUUAGCCAAAAAUUAUGAUUUUUAACCCAGAAAUGAGCAAAUUCGCUCUAUGGACAAUUUUAGCGCGAAAAUUUCGAAAUUCAAAUUUUCUACAUGAAAAAUUAGCCAAAAAUCAUGAUUUUCAGCCCGGAAAAGAGCAAACGCGCUCUACGGACAAAUUAGCCGCGAAAAAUUCGAAAUUCAAAUUUUUUCAAUAGAAAAAAUAGCAAAAAUCAUGAUUUUCAACCUAGGAAAGAGCAAAUUCGCUCUAUGGACAAUUUACGCGCGAAAUUUUCAAAAUUCAAAUUUUCUAUGUGAAAAUGGAGCAAAAAACUUGGUUUUUGAGCUGAAAAUGAGCAAAUUAGCUCUACUGACAAUUUUGGCGCGAAAAAUUGAAAAUUCAAAUUUUUUACAUGAAAAAUUAGCCGAAAACCAUGAUUUUCAACCCAGAAAUGAGCAAAUUCGCUCUAUUGAGAAUUUUGCCGCGAAAAAUUCGAAAUUCAAAUUUUCAACAUAAAAAAUGAGCCAAAAAUCAUGAUUUUUAACCCAGAAAUGAGCAAAUGCGCUCUAUGGACAAUUUACCCGCGAAAAAUGUGAAUUUCAAAUUUUCUACAUGAAGAAUUAGCCGAAAAUCAUGAUUUUCAACCCAGAAAUAAGCAAAUUUGCUCUAUUGAGAAUUUUAGCGCGAAAAAUUCGAAAUUCAAAUUUUCUACAUGAAAAAUUAGCCAAAAAUCACGAUUUUCAACCCAGAAAUGAGCAAAUUCGCUCUAUGGACAAUUUUAGCGGGAAAAAUUAAAAAUUCAAAUUUUCUACAUGAAAAAUCAGCGAAAAAGCAUGAUUUUUAACCCAGAAAUGAGCAAACGCGCUCUACUGACAAUUUUGGCGCGAAAAAUUGAAAAUUCAAAUUUUUUUGCAGAUCGGAACAGUUCACGAAAAUAUGAAAUGGGCAUUGUAUGGCGAAAGAUUGGGUGUUUGUAUUUUUGACCUGGAAACGACGAAAAAAUAUUUGGUUCGGUGAGUUUUGGCUGAAAAUUUCAGAUUUUUUGCUGAAAAUCUGAAAAUUUGGCUGAAAAUGAUGAAUUUUCAGCCAAAAUUCGAGCAUUUUCAGGAAAUUUUGAAUUUUCAGAGCUCUCAACUUCAUUGCUCAUGUUUCGAUGCGCGGCGGAAUGAUUUUAUUUGUUACCUCGAAUCGCGAUUCAAUGUUUGAUGUCGAAAAAGCGGCCGAAGAGGUUUGUGGGCCUUUUUCAGGCCUUUUUUUGGCUUUUCGGGCUUUUUUCAGGCUUUUCGGGCCGAAAAUUUGGAUUUUUCAUGAAUUUUGGGUCAAAAUGCAUCAUUUUUCAUGAAUUUUGGCUUAAAAUCCAUCAUUUUCAGCCAAAUUUCAACCUGAAAUUAAUUUCAGGUCAAUCAAUAUUCGCAUGUGAGAAAAUGGCAAUCCGGAACCCUGACAAAUACCCGACAACUCUUGGGAGCAUCUGUCCGACUUCCAGACACUAUUGUUUUUAUGUCGACGUUGACUUCGUUGGGAGAAUCGCAUCCGGCAAUUGUUGGUAUGUGAUUUUUGGAUUUUUGAGCAAAUUUGGAGCAUUUUGAGCCCAAGCAUGCUCCAAAACUCGAAAAUUUGAUUUUUGAGCAAAUUUGGAGCAUUUUGAGCCCGGAAACUCGAAAUUUCAUGAAAUUUGGAGCAUUUUGAGCCCAAGCAUGCUCCAAAACUCAAAAAAUUCGAAAAAAUCUGAUUUUUUGAGCUCAAACAUGGUUUAAAAGUGCAAACAUGGGAUUUUUCAUGAAAUUUGGAGCAUUUUGAGCCCAAGCAUGCUCCAAAACCCGAAAAUUCGAAAAAAAUCUGAUUUUUUGAGUUCAAACAUGGAUUUUUCAUGAAAUUUUUGAUUUUUGAGCAAAGUUGGAGCAUUUUGAGCCCGAAAACUCGAAAUUUCAUGAAUUUUGAAGAUUUUUGAGCCCAAACAUGCUCUAAAACUCAAAAAAUUUGAUUUUUGAGCCUAUUUGGAGCAUUUUGAGCCUAAAAAAUUGAAUUUUGGUGAAAAAUUGGGUCUUGAAGCGAUUUUUCAGCUUCAAAAUCGAAAAAUUUAAAUUUGUAAUGAAAUUUGAAGAAUUUUGAGCCCAAACAUGCUCCAAAAAUCAAAAAAUCCUGAAAAUCUGAUUUUUUGAGGCCUAAAAGAAGCCCAGGGCCUAAUCAGGCCCGAAAAGCCCAUUUUCCAGCCCGAAAAAGCCUGAAAACACUUUCAGAAGCCACAAAAAUGGCCAUUCCCACAAUCGGAAUUGUGGACUCGAAUUCGGACCCGGCCUAUUUGACCUACCUGAUUCCGGCCAACGACGACACUCCGAAUUCCACCGAAUAUUUAUUGAGAUUGUUCAAAAUGGCUGUGAAAAAGGGACAAGAAGAGAGGAAAAGACAACAACAACAAGAACCUGGAAAAUAG